UCAAGGAUAUAUUCUAGUAUCUUAUUUAAACUCCUCUCUUGCUCCAUUUUUGCUGUGGUUCCUUCUUGUUCGCAAAUAAUGACGGUGAGAAAUGGAAAUAAUGGUGUGAUGGUUGAACGAAGGGCAGUUGAAGCGCCCAAAAAUCUGAUGGAGAUAAUCACCAUAUUAGCAGAAGCGAUAAAGUCGCUCUGUCACACCGACAUCCCCAACCUCCACAGAGCCAUCGUUCACGCUGUGUUGGACAAGGGCAAGAAAAGAAUUGGAAGUGAAUGCCGUGAAAGAAGUGAUUGUGUAGAAGUCAAAGACACCCAAAUGUUAAAGGAGUUAUAUGAGUUGAAGAGAUUGUUGAGACGCACCAUGCUUUUCAGCAGCCCCAAACGUUAUCUAACAUUUCUAUUUGCAGCGGGGUUCGAACACGAGGAUGUCCUCCAAAGGGAGAGAACAUCUGGGAUUCUGAAGCCUGCUUUCACGGUUAUACGUGAUCAAGAAUCGAAAUGUUUGCUGGUGUUCAUCCGUGGAACGCGUAGCAUAAAAGACAUUGUCACAGAUGCACUGUGUGCUCCUGUGCCUUUCAAUCACAGCAUGGUUUCAGGACAUGCACACAGUGGUAUGGCUGCUUCGGCUGAUUGGAUUAGAGAACGCUGCGUUCCUCUACUACUUGAAGCUCUUCGUCAAUACCCCCACUACAAAAUCAAGAUCGUUGGACACUCGCUGGGUGGUGGUACUGCUGCACUCUUGACUUAUAAGCUUAGAGAAAUUCAACAAUUGUCUUCAACAACUUGUGUCACAUUUGGCCCAGCUGCCUGUAUGACAUUGGGGUUAGCUGAAUUUGGAAAACCCUUUAUCACUUCUGUAAUAAAUGGUUGUGACAUAGUGCCUACACUGUCAGUUUCUUCUUUUUAUGAUUUCAUUGAUGAGGGUCGGACUAAGGAUAAAAACAUUGGAAUAUCUUUUGCGAAAGCCAUUGCAAAACAUGCAGUACACAGUUGCACCGAGGUUGUGAAGAAGCAUAAACACUCAUUGUUCCACCGUGAGAAUAUUCGCGCAUUGUCAGAGAACUUGGUUGAAGCUUCUGGAUUAUCUGGGACAAGUUUUGAACCUCUUUUAAGUGAAGAGCACUUACUCAUAGAAUCUAUUGAUGAUAAUGAUGAAUAUAAUUCUUCCAGUGAAGGAUCUGACAAUGAUGACUCAGAUGACGAUAAUGAAAAUGAAGAUCAACUGUUGAAUGAAAUGGGGAAUCUUGAACUAAGAAAACAUGUUUAUAUCCCUGACAUUCAUGCUAAGGAGAAAGAUAUCAGUGAUGAAACAUCAGCUAGGCGACGUCUUUAUCCACCAGGCAAGAUCAUGCAUAUGAUCACUUCACAUAUGUCUGAAAAUUCCAACUCAAACCAGAGUGAUGCUGAUGAAAAACAUGUCUGCUUAUAUCGAACGCCUACACAGUUGUAUGGAAAACUCAGAUUUUCAAGAGGAAUUAUACUGGAUCAUUGCACAAAAAGGUAUCUGAAGAAGUUACAACAAUUAAUCAAUACACUAGAGAAAGAGUGAUUCAAAUAUCGUGGAGGAUGAACCAAAGAAAAGCAAAUGAAAAGUAAUUGGUACCGAUUUGCUCAUGGAGCCUUAGAAUUAAAAAUUAAACCUCUUGUUUCUAAUUCUCAAGUCUGUCUAUUAUUAUAUAUUACAAAUGUGAUUGUUGAAUACGUAACCUAUUG